UACUAUUUUACGUUACUCUAUGGUACGUCCCUAUGACGGCAAGGAGGAAGAUGGCGCAGGUGGAGUUCGGGGACAGCGAGCUGUUUGAGCAGUUAGAUGAGGAGCCAGCGCCGCAGCCGUCCCAUGUACGCUUUGAUCAGGCCGGGGAGAGCGUGGUGGAUCCCGGCGGCCUGCAGGAUCAUCUUUCCAGAUGCGAGGAGACAAUAGCGCAGCUGCGCUUGGAGAAUCAAGAGCUCAGGAGAAAGCUGUCUGUUCUUUCUCGGCCAAGUGGCUUGUCGGUGGAUGAGAAAUUUGAUGGACCACUGUUACAAAUCUUGUUUAUGAACCACGUUGUUUCAAAACAACAUCAUCAAGAAAUUGAGGAUUUUGUAUCAAGCUUACUUCAAAAGUAUGAAGAAGAGAGGAAAGCUAAUCCUGAAAAAACAACUUUUAAUGUUGAACCUCAGCCAUCAAGUAUUUUAUUGGAGGAAAGUGGAAGCACCAGUGCGGAUACUUUUAAGAAAAUUAAGGAAGCAUUUAGUGUUGUGGGGAGUGUUCUCUAUUUUACAAACUUCUGCCUCGACAAGCUUGGGCAGCCUCUGCUUAAUGAGAAUCCCCAGUUGACUGAUGGAUGGGAAGUACCAAAAUACCAGCAAGUUUUUACUCAGAUUUUAUCUCUAGAAGGCCAAGAAGUACAAGUAAAGGCAAAAAGACCAAAACCAUGCUGCUUCAAUUGUGGCUCAGAGGAACAUCAGCUGAGGGACUGCCCAAAACCCCGGGAUAUGGUCCAUAUUGGCAUGAAGAGAAAAGAAUUUAUGGACUCAUGCGGAGAAGCUGGAAACAACAAUUAUCAGCAACGAUAUCACGCUGAAGAGGUAGCAGAGAGGUUUGGGAAGUAUAAACCUGGCAGCAUUAGUGAAGAGCUUCAGGAGGCCCUUGGUAUUAAUAAUAACCAUCUUCCUCAGUUCAUAUAUCGAAUGCGUCAGCUUGGAUACCCUCCAGGAUGGCUGAAAGACGCUGAACUGGAGAACUCUGGACUCUCACUUUAUGAUGGAAGAGAUGCAAGUGAGGGAGAGAUUGAAGACGAGUCAAUGGCAAAUAAGAAACAUGUAUCUUAUGAUGUGUCUAAAUUAAUCAGCUAUCCCGGUUUUAAUAUUGCUGCCGCACCUGAAGUUGCAGAUGACUGGCGGAGCUUUGGAUCAAUACCAAUGCAACCAGCUCAUCAAAAAGACUGUUUUGCCAAUUACCUGGCCUGUAAUUUUCCAGAACAAAACCAUAAUGCCAGCCAGAAAAGACCUUCUUUAUCCCAAACACAUUCGGAGAAAAAAAGACAAAAGACCUCUGGAAAUGGCAAAGGAGAAUCUCCAGUGGAUAUGGAUGUGGGGUCAGAUUCAGAUAGAGGCUUUAAGUUUCAGCCACCUCUUCCUCCUGGAUCUCCAUAUCAUACUCCACCUACACGGAUUCAUAGAACACCUCCAUCUACACCUCCAAAUUUUAUACCACCCCCUCCACCAACACCAACUCCUCCUCCGCUCCCAAAAGGCACACCACCAACAACUCCUACUAGAGGAUCCCCUUUGCUUCAGUCCAAGGAUGGUUUUCACUUGAAAACACAAGGGCCAGUUUCCAUGGAUGAGGACACAUUGACUUUGGAAGAGCUGGAAGAACAGCAGCGCUUAAUCUGGGCUGCUCUUGAAAAUUCAGAGAACACGAACAGUGAUUCGGAUAUUCAUACACCUUUAAAUGGUACUUCUCUCACCUCAUCUCCAGGCAGACCUGUAAUGGACCGUGCCACAGGAGAGAAGAUUGCUAGUCAAAAUCUAGCAAAAGAACCAAAGCCUUCUGAUAUGUUACUUGAAUCAAUUGGACAAGAACAUGACGAAAAAUCCCCUCUAAUUCCUGAAGAGGAUUUGCUGAACAAAGAACAGAAUGUUGACAUUAAUGUCCUAGAAAAAGCUGUUACAGAGCCCAAUGGAUCAGAUGUAAAAGACAAAGAGAAAAGUCAAGAGACUGAAGAUAUUGAAGAAGAGGCCACAUAUGUAGAGUUUAAUCCUCCCAAUUCUGGUAUUCCAGAUAUUCGUAAAUUUGCAGAAGGAAUCACACCAUUUGAGUAUGACAAUAUGUCCGAAUCAACUGGUGUUUACCUCCGUCUUAGAAAUGUGCUGAAAAAUUCCCCAAGAAACCAGCAAAAAAACAAGAGUGAAAUCUAGUGAAAUUGUCACAUCUGAACUAUUUUUAAUUUUUUUUUCUUUUAAUAGUCAAAUAUUUGUAUACAAAUUUCUAGUCAUCCAUCUUACGGACAGAUAACAUUCAUUUCUGUGAUCAGUGAUUUAUAUAAACACAAAAUGCAUUUUUAUCCACCAAAUAAGUAGAGUAUUAAAGAAAUCACAAAGUGGUUGAUUUUUCCCAAAGUAUUGAAUUGUUUUUGAGAUGUUAAAGUUACAGUAUUCCAUAAAUUGGCUGUGUAUGAGCGAGUAAAAAUAAUUAUACAGUCUUUUAUCACAGGCAGUGGUGGUGUUACUGAAUUUAUAUCAUUUCCAUUCAUAAGGCAACAUGCAUGUAUGGUUCUAGAAGCAAACAUUUUUGUUUUUUCUGCCUACAGAUUCCGAAGAAGUUGAAUAGGCUUGUUCUAUGUCGGUGGUUCCCAAACUCUGUCCUCAAGGACCCCCAACAGUUCAUGUUUUGCAGGUCACUUAGCAGGUGCACAGAUGUAUUCAUUACUCACUGACACAUUUUAAAAGAUCCAAAGGUGGAGCAAAUUUUUAGUUGUGAUUCUGUGAGGAGACCUGGAAAACGUGAUCGGUUGGGGGUACUUGAGGACUGAGUUUGGGAACCACUGUUCUAUGUGAAUGUCUUAGUUCACUUUUUAAAUAAGUGACUGUCUUCUAAGAUUAAUUUCAUUUUUAUCCCCUAGGUCCAUGUUUGUUUAAAAAGAAAACAGCAUUCUGCUGUGAUAAAACAUUGUGCAAAUCAUUUAUGCUGUACAGUUUCAAGUUUGCACAUUUUUUUUGUUUUGUUUUGGGCUUAACCUUUUCUUUUCAAAUUGUGACAGAUGGAUAUAAAAUUAAGGGGAAGAAAUACUGUUUUGUACUCACUAUACCUAUGUUGUCUGCAUUGACCUUUUACAGUCCAUGGCAAUUUCAGUGGUAGGGUGGAUUUUGUUUUUGUACAUUUUAGUUUACUUUGUCUACUUUUUGAAAUGCCACAAAUCUGUUUUAAUAUAUUCAAUGUUUUUAAACAAACUAAUACUUUUACUUUGUUUAAUAUAAAAUUGGCAGGAUUAAUAAGGAAUUCAGUGUUGGUCACUGUUUAAAUAUUUUUAUACAUAAUUUCAGUAGAUUUUCCCAUUUUUAAAGCCACUGCUACUUUUUUCCUAAGACUGUUUCUCGUGAACUUACUGUGUGCUCUACCACUGUCACCCCAGCAAUGUACAGAAGUGUAAUAAACGGGGUUUCUUAAGAAAA